UUUUUUCAUCUAUCAAUACAUUGAUCCAUUCAAAUAUCAUCACCAUAUUUAAGCUGUUUUUGUUUGUUUUUUAACUUCAUUGUGAUCAUAUUGAAAAGAUUCCAAUAAUGUCGGAGAAUAAUUCAACACCAAAACCAUCAACAUCGGAAUCACCAAAUGAUUCUGGUGAAAAAAGCCAACAACAAUCGUCAUCAUCAUCAUCAUCAACACCAUCCGAAUUAAAAGAGAUGAUUAAUAUUAUUGUAAAAACAUCAAAAGAACGGGAACAAUUUCAAUUGGCAAAUAAUGCAAGUGUUAAAGAUUUACGUCAAAUGGUAUCCGAACGUUAUAAAGUUGAACCACAUAAAGUAUGUCUAAUAUUUUCUGGAAAAAUUCUUAAAGAUGGUGAUACAUUAGAAAAUCAUAAAAUGAAAGAUGGUUACAUUGUUCAUUUGGUCAUACGAGAUGUCAAAACAUCCAAUAGUUCGAGUGGUACAUCCACUUCAAAUGCAACAACAUCAUCGACGGCUACACGAGCAUCAACAGAGCCGACGACAACAACAAAUCCAGCUGCACCACCAAUGUCAUCAUUAUUCAAUAUGUUUCUUGGUCCACCCGGUGCAAACAAUAAUAAUAAUAAUAACAAUGUUGGUGGUGGAUUACCAACGGGUAUGCCACCAAUGGGUGCUGGUGCUGGUGGACCAUUUGAUUUAAAUCAACAAAUGAUGCAACAAUUGAAUAAUCCAGAAUUCAUGCGUCAAAUGUUAGAAUCACCAUUGAUGCAAAAUCUUUAUUCAAAUCCGGAAAUAUUUCGUUCAAUCAUAUCGAGUAAUCCACAAUUCCAGCAAUUGAUCGAACGUAAUCCUGAGCUUAAUCAUGUACUAUCAAGUCCGGAUAUAUUACGACAAACAUUCGAAAUGAUGCGUAAUCCGGCUACAUUUCAAGAAUUAAUGCGAUCACAUGAUCGUGCCCUGUCCAAUCUGGAAAGCCUACCAGGUGGUUAUAAUGCCUUACGGCGAAUGUAUACAGAAUUACAGGAGCCAAUGAUAAACGCUGCUCAAGAACAAUUUGGCAACAAUCCUUUUGUAUCUACUACAUCUGCAAAUUCGACAUCAUCAUCGACAAAUACAACUAGUACAACGCCAAGUAAUACAGAGAAUCGUGAGCCAUUACCAAAUCCAUGGCAACGAUCAAAUACUUCAACACCUGCAAGACCAGCUCCAGGUGAUAAUCGAGAUUCCGCUUUUGGUGUUGGUGGUGGUGGCGGUGGAUUGCCAUUCAAUAUGCUUGCACCGGGCUCAAUGCAACAGAUGAUGCAACAAAUGAAUGAGAAUCCUCAAUUGGUACAGUCAUUGGUUAAUAGCCCAAUGAUGCAAAAUAUGAUGCAGAACAUGAUGAACAAUCCACAACUUCUUCAUAAUAAUCCAUUCAUGCCAUCAGCAGCAGCAGCAACAGGCGCAAACAAUACCACAGGAACCAAUGCAACCAGUGUUCAGGCUAAUUCUAGUUUAUCACAGAAUCCUUUGUAUCAAAGAAUUCAGAAUAAUCCACAAGCCAUGCAGGCAUUUACACAAAUCCAACGGGGUUAUGAACAAUUGAUCCGAAUUCUUGGUGUACCCGUUUCAAAUAUUUCGGAAUUAUUUUCUAAUAAUCCAUCCUUGUUGACAACAUCAUCAUCAACAUCGAAUAAUAGCUCUACAACUGCAGUGACAACAUCUACAUCAACAACAACUGCUUCUUCUAUCGCUAAUCCUACCGGAACAACAACAACAACACCAAGUGCUACAGGAAAUCCAUCGAUUCCGAAUGCUAAUUUAUUAGCACAAAUGAUGCAACAUAUGUUACAAGUACCGGCACCAGCAGUAGCUGAAAAUCGUUAUGAACAACAAUUAUUACAAUUAGAAGCAAUGGGUUUUACUAAUCGUGAAGCAAAUUUACGUGCAUUGAUUGAAACAUUUGGUAAUGUUGAAGCGGCUAUCGAUAGGCUUCUAUCUAGAAUGUAAACUAAAUUAUAAUAAUGAUUUAUUUUCAAAUAUCACCACAACUACACAAACAUUACACAAUCGUCCAUAAAAACAUUU